AUGAAAUUUUGGACGAAGGCCUCAGAUGAAUUUCCUUCCACACACGAAGUCAAAAUUAGACAUCCAUCACUAUUUUCUCCAGCGAGCUCACUCUCAACAAAGAAAGAAAGAAAUUUGACCCCAGCCACAGAGUAUCCCAAGGGCUCAUCUUCAUCCAUAGUGACUGCUAUACUUGAUACUAUCAUGGACUCCCUAACGCCAGAAUCCGACCAUUCGUCUUCCCGCGCAAGGAUAGAAUUCGUCGACCUUAUUGCUGGCCCUCGCAUACUAUUCCGCAACAUGCCAUUUAACCUAGGCGUGCUCAUUACCGAAAAUGGCGAAUUAAUUUGCAGUGCCGCACACGUAAACCUUGCACUGUACGUUCAUUUCAGUGGCGGCGAGUACGCGAAAGAAUCGGGACGAUACACUCUGGAAGUGGGUGGGACAGAUCCAGCUACGCACUACGUCUUUAAAGAUCUCAAUCUGAAUGAACUGCCGCCGCUUAUGCUGCGAUCGCCGGAAAUGGAGAUUCGGUUCAGAGUGUGUUUGAUGGCGGAGAUGGUGAUAGAGGCGGUGUUGGCACCUUAUCGACUGGUUAAGGAUUCAGAGUAUGCGCAAAUGUAUACGAGGAUCUCGGAUGGUGAUAUUUGGAUGGAUAUGAUGACUGGUAAGGAAGGUCUAGUUGACUUGGAGAUUACUAAGGGUACGGAGUAUGAGAGCGACGAUGGUUUUUUUGGCCGAAAUGUUAUGGGGGUAGGCAAAGAAUUGAUUGACUGGGCAUUGGAAGUGUAA